AUGUCUCAUGGAGGAGUUUGGGCUGCGUCUGUGAACAUCCACAGUGUUGAAGCUUUGACAACAGCUGGACGCUUCACAGCAUUACAGCAGGAGACCGUUGUGCAGCGGAUCAAAGCCGUGGAACAUGAGACCAGACUGCUGGUGGUUGACCGAGAGACUGACGAGUACUUCCGCAGCCUGCGUCUCACCUGCACGGAAGAAAUGGCCAUCCGGAUGAGUCCUGCAGCCACGACCCUGUCUCCCUCACCGUCCACCAGUAAACAGGGCAACGGCUCGGUGUCCAAACGACUUGAGAUCUCCAAACCCAUCAGGAAACCUCCGUCACGAGCUCCUAAGAAGGAGGCUCAGCCCUCGUCGGAGUCCUCGACACGGGAUCCAUCUGAGCUUCUGCCGAGGCUGUGUCUCCUGGUGCGGUCCGAGAUGGGUUACGGCUUUAAUCUCCACAGCGAGAGGUCCAGACCGGGUCAGUACAUACGGGCUCUGGACCCCGGCUCACCCGCUGACCGUGCUGGACUCAAACCACAGGACAGACUCAUAGAGGUGAGGCAGGAAUCAUUCUCUCUUUCUUUAGAACAGUUCUCUAUCAUAUUUCUAUCAUGCUAUCACACGCAUGUGCAUCAGUAUACAGAUAUACACCCACACUUUCUAAAUUCACUUGUGCAUUCACACUCACACACAGACCAUCCAUCAUAUUCAGAUGCAUGUGGGUGGCGUGUGAUAUUGUAUGAUGACUCGCGCUAAAU